GGUUACAUAAAAGGACACAUUAUGAAUUCUCUUUACGCGUGAAGACACAUUCUGAUCUUAGAACACUUUAGUUGUACGGCUGUGUAAAUUUGUGACAAAAAUGACCUUGAUAUGUUUUAGAGAAGCAACCAUUACAUAACUUAGUUUGGAGAGUUGGUUCCAGCUGUGACGUUUAUUCUGAGGUUUGCUGUUUGAUGUAUUUCUCUACAUAAUUUUUUAUUUUUUAACAAUAAAUCAACUUUUCAUACCCCAACAUAUUUGAUCCAUAAUCAGUUUCUAAUUCUCAAAUAUGUAUAUAUAUAUAUAAGUAUAUAUGUCAAAAAUACGAUUUUUUUUUCAUUUUAUUUUGAUAUCCAUGUGUAUAUUUAUAUUUAUAUUAAAAAUUUAACUUUAGUUAACAUAGUGGAAUGUCGUGGAUGUGUCCGUGGUGGAUCAGUCACUGGUGGUUAGGUUCAUGGACAAUUAAUGUUGUGGAUGCAUUCGUAGUAAAUGCAAUUAAUUUACUGGACACAGUUUAUAUGCAUUAUGUGGACGUCAUUUGAUGGACACAAAUGAGUUAAUUAGGUGGCAUUGCGUACAAUUUAUGAAAGACAGACUCAUCUGGAUGGUCAAAGUUGUAUUCAUGAACUCUAGCAAGUUCUUCUUCAGUCAAACUAUAGUAGAACAAGUAAUGCCACAUCAUUCAUUCUCUUAAUAUUUACUGGAGCAAUAUGUGGACGGAGAAAGUAUUUCUUGAAUAAGAUUCAUACGCUCAUAACAUCAUUUAAAUACAUUCAGCGUCGAUUAUAAAAGUUUUGUAUUCUGAUUAUCCUGUUUUUAAAUAUUUGGUGUUGUGAGUAAUUUGUUUCUCUUCGGCUAUGUUUAUACUCUCCACAAUACAUUCAUCCAUGAUAUACUCACAUACAUAUUCAUGAGACACCAUCCACGACACACUAACCACGAGAAUCCUAUCCACUAUACAUUCAUCCAUAAAACACUGUCCACAAAUCACCCAUCCAUGAGUAUUAUAGAUGAUAGGAAAGUUUUCAGAUAUCCUUGAAUUAGUACACAUGCUCUCAGACAUGGUUCGUAAGAUCACAAAGUCUAAGACAUUUCAUACUUGAGUUUCCACUUGAUUGUACAAAAACUUGAAACACAAAUAGCCAAUUGCAUAACUUCUUUAUAAAAAAGUUAACAUAAUUCUCUUGUCCACAAGUAUCUUGUCCAUAACUAUUUCAUUAACAAAGACUCUUACAAAUAAUUUGUUUUCUUUUUCUUAACUUGUUUGAUUCUUAUAUAUAUGUUUUAAAUUUCAAAUAAUGAUACAAAAAAGGGAGAAUAUGAAAACAAAUUACAAAGAGGGCUAAUUACAAAAUAUAUUCGAUUAUUGAUGGAAAUAGAGAUGCAAUUAAGAAGAUGGAAAAGCUUAUAAUAAUCUUGGUGACCCAGAUGACAGUGGACUCAGAUUUGCAGAUACAUCAGGGAGGAUCGCCGAGGAUAAAACGGAGAGAAACGACGUACGUUGAGCAAAUUUUUUGGUGACCACAACAUCCGUAGGCAACCCAUUUGAUAUUCGUAGGCAAAUUUUUCGGCACAUCUAUCAUCCGUUGUUUAAUUUGGGAUUGGAAUUGAGAAAGUUAUUUUGAAGCUAGAGAAGAUAGAGGUCUAGUGGGGAAGAAGAGUUAUUUAGUUAAGGGUGUUUUUUUUUUGUCCGUCAUGAGUAAGUUGUUUAGUUAAGGGGUGUCAAUGUCUUUACACAGCAAAAAAGUGUGUAGCAAGUCCAAUGUGACCUUUAGUGUAAUUAGAAACUGGAAAAGUGUCUGAGAGAGUAAAUAUUUCUUAUGUUUAAGGUGUGCCCACUACUGGCGUCCUCACUAGUGAAACGAUAAUAUUUACUUAUUUUAUUUUUUCUUUGUUUUCCUCAGUAUCUCACGUUCACAAUACAUGGUAAAAGAGACUUAGCAAACGCAAUAGAGAGAGAUUUGUUUGAAAAAUUAUAACAAAUUACACUUUGCAAUUUUUGUGAAAAGUUAUUUUUUCUAGCAGCUUUGGCUAAAGUCAAACCGUUUCUACAACAGUCUAACUCAUCAGAUAUUAGGUUUUACAUGAAGAAGAUAAAAGAAGUUUGUAAGUAAGUAUGGAAACUUAUAACAUUUUCAAAAAAAAAAAAGUAUGGAAACUUAUUCUCAGCAAGAGUUGCGCGUGAAUGAGAAGUGACAUUAACAAAAUCUAAGAGCAGCCCCAUUAGAGGUUUUAGACAGGUUCAUGGGCUCAGUAUCAUAGGGCCGGACCAUUAAAAAUAAAGAUUAAAUGGGUUAUUUCUCGCGACCCGCCCCUUACGAGUGACCCCGUCCGAUACGGGUUCACACCACGUGUCGCGAAUUGAUUGGAGACGCGGCGUCGACGUCACGCGGUGGAAAGGGGAGAGAGAUUCAUUUCUCUCUUUUGUCUCGAAAACUCUAGGGUUUCUUCCUCCCGGCGAAACCCCGUGCGACGACGAUCUCUGUCCCUAUUUCUCGAAUUUGCUCCAUCGAUUCGACGAGUUAUUGUCUCCUCUACUAACAGAGGUGGGUCUCGACUGGAAUCUCCUUUAUAUUGAUGUCGUUUUGGUUUCGAAAUCGAGUUAGGGGAAAUUUCAAUUUUUUUUUUUUACGAUUUAGGGUUCGAAAUCGAGAAGGGUUUUGAUUUAAUGCUGUAUUACCUCGUCUACGGGUUCGAUUUAUAGUUUUAAGGUUCGAUUCUCGCGGAUUGGAAAUCGAAAAGGGUUUUUCGAGUUAGGGUUCAAAAUAGAAUUUGGGGGUUUCGAUAAGUGGGUUUAGAUCUUGUACUGGGUUCGAUUCACGGUUUUGACUACUUUUGUCUCAAUCGAUUCACGGUUUUGAUUAUUUUUGAUUCAAUAGAAAAGGGUUAAUCAAUUUCAUUUCUCUGUUUCAGAUGGAUCCCUCAGCCGAGAUAACAGAUUUUAAGAGGAAGCAGGAGUUCAUCGACCACCUGUACAACGUUGCCGAUUCGUCAUAUGGGAUGCCGACAAGCUGUCCGUGUGGUGGUAGAAUCAUCGACGAGGUUCGGGUGAAGGAGGAGUACGACACGCGUCCCGGGAAGCGCUUCUUCAGCUGCAUAAACUACGAGGCUGAUGGGUUGCAUUACCGUCAGCCUUGGGUUAUAGGUGUCCAGGAGGAGAUGGUACGCAUGCGUGAGCGUGUGGAUGAGGCUGUUGAGAUCAUCAAAUGUGUGCCCAUUCUCACUAAACAGAUCGACAGUCUUGAGGUUUGUGAACACUUUUUAUCUCUUUGGGUGAUCAUCAAAUUUGAGAUCAUCAAAUUUGUGAACACUUUUUACGUUUUUAUAAGUGAGUUACAAGUUUUCUUUAUCUCUUAUGUAGGCACAGGUUAAGAGGCUCACAUUGCUGCUUGAUAAGCUCACUGGUGACGUCUAUAACCUCACAGUCCAGGCGGCUGCUCUGGAGAAGGCCUGUUUCGACUGAAACAGAACAGGUAAACUUUCAACUCGAGUAGGAACUGUUUCCGUGUGGAACUUGAGUAGGAACUGUUUCCGUGUAGAGUAGAAACUGAGACUUAACUAGGAACUUGAGUAGGAACUGUCUAUAAUACAUUAGGAACUUGAGUAGGAACUGUUUCCGUGUAGAGUAGAAACUGAGACUUAACUAGGAACUCGAGUAGGAACUGUUUCCGUGUGGUUACUUGCUUCCUCUGGUUGAACUGAGAGUUAACUUGUUCAUUAAAUAUCUAGAGUAGGGAGUGUAGUAGUACUUCAUUAAAUAUCUAGUACUAGUUUGGUUCCUCUGGUUGGUUGCUGUGAUGAAUGCGCUUAAAUUGCUGUGUCUUAAACGUUUUAGAGUUUUUUAGAAUUGAUUUGAUGUGUAAUGAAUGUCUGUGAACAAGUUGUUGUCUAAUUAAGUGUAAUGAAUGUUUGGUAGUUAGGAAACCACCCGUAACUCAAACGCAAGUAGUUCUUUAAAAAAUACAUAAUCCUUUUUAAAACUUCUAACAAACAACAAAACACAACCCAAACCAAAAUGGAUACGUUUUCACAAAGUUCUCCCGGUUUUGUGAACCUAUUAUCUUCCCAGUCCAGUAAAACCGUAGAAGUAGGGUCGUCUGAGGUUCCUAAACCGGCUGGUGAAAGGAGAAAGUGGACGACUCAAGAAGACAUUAUCCUCAUCAGUGCCUGGUUAAACACAAGCAAAGAUCCCAUAGUUAGUAACCAGCAGAAACUAGGGUCGUUUUGGAGAAGAAUAGAGGAUUACUUUAAUGCAAGCGCUCAGCUAGGUGGCUUUCUACCUAGAGAGUGGAGUCAGUGUAAGCAGAGGUGGGGAAGGGUGAAUGAACAAGUGUGUAAAUUUGUGGGAAGCUAUGAGGCAGCAUUGAAGGAGCAAUCAAGUGGGCAGAACGAGAACGAUGUCAUGAAGUCAGCUCAUGACAUCUUCUUUAACGACCACCAGGCGAAGUUUGCACUUGAACACGCGUGGAGGGAGCUGAGGUAUGAUCAGAAGUGGAGAUCGAACUCUAUAUCAAGAGAUGGUGGAAAGGCGAAAAUGAAGGAAGCUGCGGAGACGGUGCCUGACUCGGAUGAGGCUAGGCCUCCUGGCGUUAAGGCUUGCAAAGCAGCCAAACGCAAGAAGCCUGGCAAUGAAGCUGCAUUUGAUCGCCUGGAGAUCAUUCUAGAGAAGAAACAGAAUAUUUCGAAACAGAAAAUACUUGAUCGUCUCCUCUCUAAGAACAUAGCUACUCUAACUGAAGCUGAGGUCGCUUUGAAGGACAAACUUGUUUCUGAGAUGCUUUAGGUUGUUUAGUUGAAAAUUUCUUGAACUCUUUGUUUGCUUCUUUACUUGCUUUGAUAAUUUUACAACUGCUUUUGUUGACUUGAAACUUAUAUUCUUCUGUGUUAUUUUGCAGGUGAAAGGAUCUGUGGGGCCGUUGGUCACGGGCAUAUGGGAGAUAAAGUCUGGACUUGAUGGGUUUUGUAGGUGUCACGGGUAUUGUAGUAGUAGUAGUUCACGGGUUGUUCAUGUAGUUGUAGUACUACAUGUAUCUUUUGGGUCGCAGCAGGUCAGUGUUUGUACUAGACACUAGUGAUGAACUUGGUGUCACGGAUUGUAAUAUGAAGUGUAGUAUUUUGUUUGUCUCUACACUUCACGGGACUUGUAAAAGUUUGUUAUAAAAAGGACAAGUAUUUCAUGUCUCUCAUAUAUGUUCUCUUCUCUCUAACAUGUGUUUAUGUUCUCUUCUCUCAAAUGCCAAAGCAUAGUUCUCUUCUCUGUAUCUACAAAUCAUAGUUCUCUCAAGGUCGAUACCCCUCCAUCUUGUUCUCUCAAACCAUCCGCCUUACUCUUGUUCUCUCAAACCAGCUGCCUCACUCUUGUUCUGUCGAACCAGCCAACCACUAGACACUCGCCGACUACAAAAUCGAGUGACCAAGUAAAAUCUAAAAUUCUUUGUUUUGUUAUCCAAUCCAGUUUUUGAUGAUAUACUGCAAGGUCGAGCCCCUAAAGUUAAAUUCAAGGUCAACAACCACACUUACCGUAUGGCGUACUACCUUACUGACGGAAUUUAUCCGAAUUGGUCAACAUUUAUCCAAUCCAUCCCACUUCCUCAAGGUCCUAAAGCUGAGCUAUUUGCCCAACGUCAAGAAUCCACCAGAAAAGAUGUCGAACGUGCUUUCGGGGUUUUGCAAUCGAGGUUUGCAAUAGUUAAAAACCCUGCUCUACUAUGGGACAAGGAAAAGAUAGGGAAAAUUAUGAGAACUUGUGUCAUAUUGCACAAUAUGAUAGUGGAGGACGAACGAGACGGAUACAGUCUUACUGAUACAUCUGAGUUCGAGUCAGGAGAGUCAAGCAGAGGUUCGAAGGUCAAAACGAGAGAAAGUUUGCAUGCACAUAAUAUGCUAGGCAUGCGCAAUGAACUUCGGGAUUCAGGAAAACAUGAUAGGUUGAAAGCUGAUUUAGUUGAAAAUGUAUGGCAAAAAUUCGGUAAUGAAUAAUCUUUCUAUGUUCAUCAAUUAUCAAUGUAAUGAAUAAAAUUUUAUAAAUUAUUAUAUUUUAUUCAUGUAUUAAAAAAAAAAUCAAAACUAAAUUUUUUUAAAAAAACUAUUAUUUUAGUUCCUAUGAACCCCUUCUUCGGGUUCACUAAUGGAGAAGUACAAAAUCAAGAAGUUCAUCACUAUUCAUGGUCCCACCAUAAAUAUAUUAAAAAAUUGGUAUGAACCCCAAAGGGGGGUUCACCAAUGUAGAUGCUCUAAGGACUGCUACCAAUUAGGCAUUGACAUGUAUUGACUUCUUUCCAUGUGCCAAAACUAUUUUUAACAUUUACGGUUUCUGUCUUUCUGAUGGUAAGUUUAUCAAUUAAGAAAAGCCCAAAUUUGUAUAUUAAUUCUUCUUGUAAACACUCUUUCUGAGAAAUUUACGUCAACACGGACAAGCCCAAACAAAUAUGGAUAUGAUUGGCCAUGAAACAAACGGCUAUUUAUGUAAUAUAAUCACCGGCCAUAAUAUCACCGGCUAUUUGUGUAAUAUAAACAAACGGCUAUCAAACGGCUAUUUAUGUAAUAUAAACAAACGGCUAUUUGUUCAAAAAAAAAAAAAUCACCGGCCAUAAUAUGUGUUCAAAACAAAAAAAAAAAUAACCGGCCAUAAUAUGGUUAUUUUGAACUCAUUUGUGUUAGGGUACUUUCAUUGCAACUAAAUUAAUUUAGGUAGGAACCUAGAGAGUUGCCUCUCAAGCAACUUUCCUUCUGCGUCUUUCUUAUGAUACAGAUCAAAUCUAUUUUGUGCUCGGUGGCAAGCAAGCUAAAAACUUUUUUUUUUGGAUGUGAUUGUAAUAGAUUAUAGCUUUAUGUUUUUCGAUGUAAAAUUUAAUCUGUAUAUUUAUGUGCUGUAAAUUUAUUUGCUGUAACUUUGUAAAACACUAUUUUUUUUAGAAAUAAACCUUUCUGCCGUCUUUUUUUUAUUUUUCAGAAAUAUUUUUUGAUAUAUUUUUUUAAAAUAAAAAAAAAGCUUAAUUUGUUGACAUGUUUUCUUCUAGGCUAAAUUUUGGUUGUUUAGAGCAUCUACAGCCACAACCAAUCACCUUUUUAAAGCUCUCUAAGGCUCUUUCAUUUUGUGUGUUAAUAAGUUCUAUGAACAUUAAAUCUAUCUCUGUUUUAAGGUUGCUAUCACAAACCAUAGUUUUCGGUGAUAAUGUUAUUGUUUUAAAAAGAAAAUGUAUAAGAAACUAUUGUAAUUUGGAGCAGAGUAGCUGGAUGGGUAAGAAGAACCUAUAUAAAACCCAAUAUAACAAAACUCCAGGCCCAAAUUUGAGUAUAGGACAAGCUAUGGCCACAUAUGCAUUGUAUCAUGAUGAUGUAGCUGUAAUAAUGUGCGUGGUCAUAAACUAUAAUCACGCCUCUUUGUAAAACAUCUCAUACACAAAAUGACAGACUAAUCAUAGUCGGAUGCCGAAUCAUAUAGUAUAAAUAUAAAUAUUCGACGGUACUUGUAUGAAAUAGUAGUUAAUGGUAUCUCAACAGAUAAAAUAAAAUUUUAACCUCGAGGAAGAAAAAGCUGAGCAUGGGACGGGCUUUAGACAGCAUCAUUGGUCUUGCAUCAAAUUGUUGUAUCCUCCUUUUGCUUCAAUAUUCCUCUUUUUCUUCGCCUUUUUCUCAUAUUCUCUUUCUCCCUCUUUUAGAUAAAAGGAAACUAGACUGUAUGAUUAUUUUUUUUCUUCUUUUUUGUGUAUAAAUAUUUUUUUUUUCUUUUUAAGAACUAGACUGUUUUAGAACAGUUUAAAUGCUAGUAUAUUUUAUUUUAGUUAUUUAAAUUCGUUCACCCUUCACAGUUCACACAGAGAUGGUGUAGUGGAAUUUAUGAUGAGGAAUCCGCUUUGUUGAAUGAUGCCUAGUUUUCCGGAGUAUGAAAACGACAAAAUAUCAUGUGAUAGACAUAUUUUAUUUUGAUCAGGGAAGGUUUGAAUCAAAACUGAAUCGACCAAAGUUGUUAUAAAAAUGAAUCCUACGUAAUACAACGUCAAAACGUUGGUAAGCAUAAAAGCAAAACGUGAAG